AUGUUAUUCGAAUCUACUAAGACAUCAUCACGACCUGCUUCGAACAUUUCCGUAAAUCAAUUAUCUCGAGUGAUUCGUCGUCAACGACAAAUACGAUCUCAUCGUCACAAUUUGCUAAAUCAAACGCUUGAUAAUUUUUAUAAUAUUUUACGUCGUACUAAGUCGGAUCAAACUGUUAAAUCUGCGACAAGUUGGGUUAAUGAAUAUGAAACGUUUAGGAAAUCUGUUAUACAUGAAGAAAUUAAUAACAAUAAUUUUAACGCAAUGAAUUUUAAUGAUAAGUUAAUCGUAAAAAGUCAUGGGGAUUCAUAA